AUGCGGUACAUCGCCAUUGCCACCGCCGCCCUCGGCAUGCUGAGGGUCAGCGAGGCCAACGUCAUGUGCAACCCAAGCGUCACCGGUUAUGAAGCGUCCCAGACCCCGACCGGAGCCAAUAAAAUCGUCAACGGCGACUUCUCUAAUGGUCUCGAGGGCUUCAACACCAGUGGUUCGGUCGAACAUAUCCCUCUCGCCGGCUCGGAUGGCUGCAGCGACUCCGACAGUGUCAUUCAGAUGAUCGCCGUCCCCCAGGAUGAGCAAUCCACGAGCGUCUAUCCCGUCGAGUCGACGGGCGGGAGUAUCUCCAAGCGAGAUUCCUGGACCAGCAGCAGCAUGAGCACGACGAUCAAGAGUUUGACGGUUGGCGCCAAAUACGCCGUCGAGUUUUACUACUACGUCGUGUACAGCCCCAAGGCCAACACCUGCCGCAUCCAAGCCACCUGGGACGGCGUCAACAUUGGCAACUCGAGCUAUUUCCCCGUCGUCUUGAUCAUCGGCAGUGACUGGAAGAAAUUCAACGGAACUGCCACUGCCUCCAAAGCCAAUGGAGUCCUCAAGGUGGUCGUGGCAUGUACCGCCGGUACGGCCCAGGUGUAUAUCGACAGCAUCUCAGUCACCAAGACGACUGCGGCGGCGGUCGUAUCCACGUCCUCGACCUCAAGCAAAGCUAUCGCCACUAUCACGAGCACGCUCACCAGCUCCAGCUCUGCGCCGUCUCUCACCACAUCGGCCAAAGCAACCACCACUUCGGCGACGGCGGCCACCACAUUGUCCAGCCAGGCCAAUACCUCGUCCUCCGCUGCGGCGUCUUCAACUGCAUCUUCAGCUGCUGGGUCAUCUAGCUCGGCAGGUUCUACGUCUUCCGACUCUGGCUCUAGCUCAAACACUGGUACCUCUUCUGUCUCCGGCUCCAGUUCAAACACUGCUUCCUCCUCCGACACUGGCUCAGGCACAUCGAAUAGCGCUUCGUCUUCUGGCUCCGGCACCUCCAGCUCCUCUGCUGCUUCGUCCAGCUCCACCGGAGCCCUCCACGGAGCGGGUGCUACUGUGGACGCCACCAUCCUCGUCAUUGCGGCAGACAGUGACACCGCCGCUGCCGGAAGCCUUGGCCUUCUCGCAUACGGCAUCCCCUACGAGACCUUUGUUGUGUCUGCCGACGGUUCCGACCUGCCUCCGCUGAGCUCGUCUUCCACUCACGGAAACUAUGGUGGAAUCAUUAUUCUGUCGUCCAUUGCCGUCUCAAAGAGCUCUGGUUGGGGCAGUGCCCUUACCGACAAUCAGUGGACCGCUCUCUAUGCUUACCAGACUGACUAUAAUGUCCGUAUGGUCCGCAUCAACGAGUACCCCGGUUCCAAGUUCGGCACUACUCCUGUUGGCAGCGGAUGUUGUGACAGCAGCGCCGAUCAGUCCAUCAGCUUUACCGACGUUAGCGAUUUCCCCACAGCAAACCUCAAGGCAAAGGCCACAGUCUCUACGAGCGGCCUCUGGCACGUCCCUGCCAGCAUCACCGACACGAGUACCACCAAGCAAAUCGCCAAGUUCGGAAUCUCCACGGGCUACACCAGCGAAACGGUCGCCGCCGUCAUCAACAACUUCAAUGGCCGCGAGCAAUUUGUCUGGUUCAUCGGCUGGGCUCCCGCUUGGUCUCUUACCUCCAACUACCUGCAGCACGCCCAUAUCCAUUGGCUGACCCGUGGACUCUUCCUUGGCAAGCGCAAGACGCACCUGAGCUGCCAGAUUGACGACGUUCAGAUCGCUACAGAACUGUACUACCCUACCGGUCUCGACGACUUUAAGAUCCAGAUUGCCGACCUCGAGGCCCACGUCACCUGGCAGAACAGUAUUGUUAGCCGUAUGCCUUCAGGGUCGGUGUUCUGGCUAGAGCUUGCGCACAACGGCAACGGCGAUAUUAUCACUUCAACUCUCAAGGAUCAGUCGGGAACCUGCGACCCCGAAGACGCAGUCUACUACGAUUCUCCCAAUGCCACCGCCCUCGAGUUUCAGAAGGAACUUGGCACCGGUACGGAUCUGUGGCCAACUGGAUAUGAGACCUACUCUUGGUCCAAGGCCUGUUCUGGCAUGGAUUCUUUUUCCUCUUGGUUCACCAAAACCGACAACCUCAACCAGUUUGCCCAUCUCUCUCAUACCUUCUCCCAUAUGAGUCUGAAUAACGCCACCUACCACGAUACGUCACGAGAGAUCAAAUUCAACCAGGCGUGGAUGAAGCAGCUCGGUAUUGACCAGGCUACGCUUUUCUCGGCCCAUGGUCUUGUUCCUCCAGCUAUUACUGGUCUGCACAAUGGAGAUGCUAUCAAGGCCUGGAUGGACAAUGGAAUUGUGAACGUUGUUGGCGACAAUACACGUCCUCUUCUGCGAAACCCAAAUAACCCCUACUGGCCUCUUACUAGUACUGUUGCAGCCAAUGGCUAUGAUGGAUUGACUAUCGUCCCCCGAUUCUCUACAGCUAUUUACUUCAACUGUCACACAAUGGAAUGUACCUUGAACGAGUGGAUUGCAACAUCCGCUGGUAAGGGCACCUACUUCGACCUUCUGGCCAGCUCCAAGGCAUCUACUAUCCGAAACUUGCUUGCGCUUCAGUCGGACCCUUACAUGUUCCAUCAGGCCAACAUGCACCAGACCACAGUGUCAUCUAUUACCAUUGGCACCCAGAGCGGCCAGAUGUCACUAGUUAUGUCUUGGACUGAAACUAUGGUUCAAGAAAUGAUGCGCUUGACGAACUGGCCUAUGCAAUCUCUGAAGCACGACGAUAUUGCUCAGUACUUCCUGGACCGUCAGGCUUUGGAUAACUGCAACCCCAAGCUCUCGUAUAGCUUUUCCGGUGACGGCACCAAGCUUAAGGCUGUUACAGUCACUGCCGAUGGGAACAGCUGUUCUGUUCCUGUUCCUGUCACUAUCCCAUCUGGCUCUGUUUCCGCAUCUGGAGGUUCAAUUAAAUCGGACGUUGUUGGCUCCGAGCCUCCCAUUCAGUGGGUGACCCUUUCGGGCUCGCCUGUUACGCUCUCUCUUAGCUCCCCGAUCUCUAUUUCCUUUUAA